UGACCAGUAACCCCCGAGCAUUGAGAGGGAUAAUACACCCGCUUGUUGUCUCCUGACGUAUGACCAGAGUUCUUACACUGUAGGUGCAUCAACCGUCCCUUAAUAACCACUUGUUUCGUCACGGCAGUCCCCAAAAUGCAUCGUCAGCAAGUGGUCUCCCUCGUCUUGUCUCUCUGCUUCCUCCUGGUCGUCGACGCCACCUCCUACGGCGGCUACUACAGGUAUCACAGACCAUCUUGGCUACGCAGAGGUCUCGGUCACUAUGACGGGUCACGACACUUCGGCAACAUUUUUAGGCCAGGGGAUACCUUCGGGGGCAGUGUUGGUGCCCCAGGGGGUAACUUCGGGAGCCGUGUUGGUGCCCCAGGGGGUAAUUUCGAGGGUAGUGUUGGUGCCAAAGGGGGUAACUUCGGGGGCAGUGUUGGUGCCCCAGAGAGCGCUGAUGUUUCAGGCUGUAACUUCGGCGGUGGAACCAUUCAUCCAAGAACUAAUCGCCCCAGCAGUAGUGGUCGCCCGAGGUGUAACUUCGGCAGCACCACCUCCCAAAUUAACUCUGGUAACACGAGCAACAGAGCGCCCGCCGACCCCACCGUCAACACCGAACAGAUCACAAACUUAGGCAGAGGAAUCUGCCCACCAGUACGCCCCUGCACGGUCUCCUCCAGGACACGGCCUGUCACCUGUACCUCGAGCGCUCAGUGUGUCGCGGGCCGCAAGUGUUGUUUUGAUAGUUGUAUACAGACAGAGGUGUGUAAAGUGCCUGUCUAGCUGACAACACCAACCGCUGACAACAUCUACUGCUGACAACACCUACUGCUGACAUCUACCACUGACAACUACCGCUGACAACACUAGCCUUACUAGUAUUCGGAUAUGUUUAAUACAUGUAUGUUUAUUUAUUAAUCAUUUUAUAUAAAACGUGCAGUGUUAGUAGUGUUUCUCGACCGUGAUAAGUACAGUAUUAGUUUUCAUUUUUUUUUUGUGAUGGCAACCUUUCAAAAACUAUGGCAACCCUCUCAAUAAAUAUGGCAAACUUUUCAAUAAAUAUGGCAACCCUC